UUGAAGUGCACAGAACAGAUUCGAUGACCACUGAGUAGAACUGGGUCAGUAGCUCCUGUGGUAGGUUGAACUUCCUCAAUUGACGGAGGAAGUAUAACCUCUGCUGGGCCUUCUUUACAAUGGAGUCUAUGUGGGACUCCCACUUCAGGUCCUGAGAGAUGGUGGAGCCCAGGAACCUGAAUGACUCCACAGUAUCCACAGUGCUGUCCAGGAUGGUGAGGGGAGGAAGUGAUGGAGGGUUCCUUCUGAAAUCCACUAUCAUCUCCACUGUCUUGAAUGCAUUCAGCUCUAGGUUGUUUUGACUACACCAGGCAGCCAGCUGAGCAACCUCCUUUCUGUAGGCAGAUUCAUCACCGUCUUGAAUAAGGCCAAUGACUGUGGUGUCAUCUGCAAACUUCAGGAGUCAAUGGUUGUCUGAGUGGUGCCUGCAGAAUGAUAUAGUUUUUAUAAAUAACUGGAAGAGUUUUGAGGGCAGACCUGACCUGUUGAAACGAGAUGGUCUCCAUCCCUCCUGGGCUGGGACUUCCAUCCUGUCUAGAAAUAUGGCAAAAAGUCUUAAUGCUAAUGCUAAAACUUGACUCGCUGGGGCCCAGGUCAGGGAGCAGACAGUAUGGCUUAACCAACUGUCUGCUUGCCGUCUCACGUCGCAGAAUACACAAAAUGUACAACAUGUAGUAAUCCGUUCUCCCAAACAUCACAAAAUAGAGACUGUGUCUGUCCCCCGGAUUAGCAAACAUAAAAUAAUGCGUAAACCUCUUGAAAGUAAUUUAAUAAACGUUAAACAAACUAAACAUGAACAAAAUACAGAUAAUCAACUGUUACGACUCGGAUUGCUAAAUAUUAGAUCUCUCUCUAAUAAAGCACUUUUUGUUAACGAUAUGAUAACAGAUCAUAAAAUAGACAUGCUCUGUUUGACAGAAACAUGGCUAAAACCAGAUGAUUAUAUUGCUUUAAAUGAAUCUGUCCCCCAAGAUUAUUAUUAUAAACACGAGCCUCGUCUAAAAGGCAGAGGGGGAGGUGUCGCAGCACUUUACAAUAACUCUCUUAGCAUUUCCCAGAAGUCGAACUCUAAAUAUAAUUCUUUUGAAGUCAUGGUUCUUCAUGUUUCAACACCUAAUACUAAAGAUAAAACACUUUUUAAAUUGAUUCUAGCUAUUGUAUAUAGGCCUCCAGGGCACCACACAGAUUUUAUUAAAGAAUUUGGUGGGUUCUUAUCAGAACUAGUACUGGCCGCAGAUAGACUCCUUGUCGUUGGUGACUUUAACAUCCAUGUAGAUAACGUUACAGAUGCCUUAGGAAUGGCUUUCAAAGACACUCUUAACUCCAUGGGCGUUAGUCAAUGUGUGUCAGGACCCACUCACCUUCGUAAUCAUACUUUAGAUUUAAUACUGUUUUACGGUAUAAAUGUGGACGACGUUAAAAUCCUUCAGCAGAGUGAAGACAUUUCGGAUCAUUAUCUGGUAUUAUGUUUGCUUCACUGGCCUACGGCUGCAAAUAAAACUCAUUGUUACAAAUAUGGUAUAACAAUAACUUCAACUACCAAAGAUGCAUUUCUCGAUAAUCUGCCCGAAUUGUCUCAAAUCGCUAGCAUGAGAAAUAACGUUGAAGAUCUUGACACUACCAUUGAAAAUUUUAAUUCCACCUUCUCGGUAGCGCUAGACACAGUUGCUCCUCUACGUUUAAAGAAGAUUAAAGAUGGCAGUCACACACCAUGGUAUAAUGAACACACUCAGGCUCUAAAGAAAGCGGCCCGAAAAAUGGAGCGCAACUUUAAGAAAACUAAAUUAGAGGUAUUUCGUACAGCAUGGAAGGAUGGUAUUCGAAAAUACAGGAAAGCCCUAAAAACUUCUAGAUCCGCCUACUUUUCAUCACUAUUAGAAGAAAACCAGCACAACCCAAGGUUUUUAUUUAACACAGUGGCUAAAUUAACAAAAAAUAAAUCGUCAGUGACUUCUGAUCCUGUAUAUCAGCAUAGCAGUGAUGAAUUUAUGAACUACUUCACAUAUAAAAUCCAAGAUAUUAGAUAAAAAAUUAUAACAAUGCAAUCAGUAGUGAAACCCGCUGAACAAAUUAACAAAAGCGCCCCUAAGGAGAUAAUGCAAUUAUUUUAUACAGUAGAUCAAGAUGAGCUGUCUAAAAUCAUUAGAUCAUCUAAAUCAACAACAUGCAUGCUAGAUCCUAUACCAGGAGUCUUCAACUAAAAUUGCUUGAGGUCCAGUAAACGAACCCUCCUUACCAGCCGAGGUCCGGACAAUUAAAUACCUAAAAAUAUGAAUAGAUGGUUUUUUUUAUAUCUAUACGAUGGCAUAACAAUGUCUGACAACAAUAUAAUGAAGGAACAUGUGCAAAAUGCCCUAAUCUCUAAACCUGCACUGAACAUAAUACAUUUCAACAUUAACAACUUAAAAAGAAAACUAAAGUGUUGUUUUCUGCUGAACUGAGAUUAAUAAAUAGCAGCAUCAAGUUGUGACUGAACAUCCUCUGAUAACAUUUCAGCUCUUCUUGUGGCUGUUGCAGCUGAAAGGGGGGUUUGUUUCAUAUUUUAUUUUAGUUCAUGUCUUUAUUUUCCUUCUAAAAGUGUUUCACAGAAGCCUCCAUGCACUCUUUUACUUAUUUCCCAUCAGUAAAGGGCUUUUUAUGUUUUCCUAAGAUCCACUGUAUUCUUAGUGAACAUUCAUAUGCUGGUUGUUGGGUGGUAAGUGAGUGAGGGAGGGCCUGUGUAGAUCGCUCCUACUGGGCUUUGAGCUAAUAUAUUUUCCGUGUCCUUACCUCGGACUGCUGCGGGUAAGUUUCUUCAAAGUGUCCACGUCUAAUUUCAUAAUGCCGUUUAAGGUUUCCAAUUUUGACAACCGCAACAGACUCCGAGCAAAUGAGACAAACCGGUCUCGUGCAUGUCGAUGCAGGAAGAAUAAAUGCAAAUCUCUCGACCAUUCAUCUCAGAAAACAUGGUUUUCGGCGUCAACUUUUGAAAAGGACAUUGUUUUUCAGUCACUGACUGUUACAUCUGUAUGGAGGACUAAACCUGCAAAAUUAUAAAUAAAUAAAUACAUGUAUAAAUAAAUAAAUAUAUAAACAAAUAUAUGUAAUAAUAUGAAAAUAAAUAAAGGAAUAAAUUUUUUUAAUUGAUUUAUUAUUUUUGGUCCAAUUUUUAUUUAUUUUUUAUUAUUUUUAUUUUUUGAUUAUUGUUUUUAUCCUUUCCUUUUAUUUUUUUACAUUUAUUUAUUUAUACGUUCAUUUAUUUUUAUAUUUAUUUAUUAACGCAUGUAUUUAUUUACACUUUCAUUUAUUUAUUCUUGAAUUUAUUCUUACUUUUCUGUGUGCAACACAUAAAUAAGCAAGGCGGUCUUUGCGUUGUUUCGGUACCUCAUUGGCUGAGAGCUACACGUACAGAAGCGUCAGGCCAACUAACCGAUAGACAUCGUAGUUUUCAAAAAAAAUGGCGGCAAGUAACAGUGCGUUGUCCAAAUUUUUACGGGAUGCGGCGGAUCAGCUGGAAAGUUGUAAGUUAUUUUUUUUACAAAUUGUUUUGUAGAUACCACCAUUUUCCAGAAAUCGAAACACGAAGCUAAACCCAUCUAUACUUAUACGAUUCACAGCAUCGUCAUCCAGUCCAGAACCAUCAACCUCAGUGUCGUCAGAUUCUAGGUUGAUGACUCCUAGACAUCCAGUGGAUGUUGAAGUUGCACGGCUGUGUCCUUACAGCAGAGGAAGAGGGUUUGCAAGACGGUAGAGCUUUGCCCGUGACGAGUCGUUCUGUAUCCUGCAGCUUUACACACGCCUUCUGCUGUCUUGAUGACAAAAAUGCAGAAUUGGUACCAACUCGAUGUGCAAAAGAUCAACUAUUCUCUGCAGGGUUAGGAGAGAAACGUAUUACGUUUCGAGGAUGCCAUACAGAUCCCCAAAAAUUUAAGGACGUCAUCAUGGAAGCUUUUCCGAAGCUCAGACAUGGUGGUGGGUUUGAAUUAUUAAAAAUAUCAGGGCAAACAAGGAGCCGAACUCUCAACCUGAUACCCUGCCCAAAUGAGGGAUACCAUGUGAAGUAUUUAAAAGACCCUCAAAAUCAAAUUGGCCACGCAACCAUUUUUAUUCGUCCACUUCAACGAAACAUAGAAGUUGAAUCGACCAGCAUGCCUAACAGAGAUGAGUGGAUUGGACCACCCCAGAAAUGUGUUGAUUGUGGAGAUGAAUUCCCAUUUACAGACAUCAAGUCCCACAGUGACAAGUGCAUGGGAUUGGAAGUUUGAGCCAGAUUCAGUAGAGGCCUCCAAGACGUACAGGGAAAAGCUCCUGCAGAAGAAUGAAAUGAGCCCAGUGCUCCAUUUCCAAAUGGACAUGAGAGACAGCCCUGAAGACAAGGAGAGAGCAAUCCUGACCUUUCAUAAGAAAGCAAAUGUAGAAUGGGCUUGCCCCUUCAAAUGUACACUACAUGGCGAUCCUGCAAUUGGAGAUGGAGUGACUCGUCAUGUUUUUGCAACAGUUAUGUCAAAGCUUCAGCAUGGUUUUGAACUACAGCUUGUGCCCGGAGGGACUCUUCUUUUUGAGGGUGAGAAGGAUCAUAUGAUUCCCUCAACAUCACAGUGUUUUCUGGACAGUGACUUAUUUGUGGUGGCGGGCCGUAUGAUUGGGCACUCAUUCCUGCAUGGAGGUCCAUGCCUAACUGGUUUAAGCCCAGCAAUAGUGCAUGUGCUUUUUGGUGGAUCUCCUGAAACAGCCACAAUUGAUAUUCUGGAUUGUGCGGAUGUUGAUAUCCGUCAAAUAAUAAAGAAGCUGGAAGGCACAGGUGACUUGUCUACGGAAGAAAAGAGUGCUAUUACAGACCUUGCAUUGUCUUGGGAUUUGCCUGCAGUGACAUCAGAGAAUAGAAGAUGGUUGCAUGACAAACUACUCAUGCAGGCAGUCCUAGAAAGAACCUCCAAGCAACUAAAACAGCUACGCCAUGGUAUGAAGGAGAUGUUGAUCUGGCCUUUGCUUACUGAAAGGAAGGACACAAUUCCUCUUCUUUUUCCUAGGACUAGUGAUGCACUUUACACCCCAAAGAUGCUCUUGGAGAGGAUAUGUUGGCCAGAUGAAGAUGAAGACAGCGACGUCUCUCUUGAAGACACGUGUAGGCUCACUGGAUUACUUCGCACAUUCAUUGAGAAUUCUUCUUCUAAUAUACUACGGUCGCUGACCGAGUUCUGGACUGGAUGGGAUGUACAGCCCAGGAGCCUAGUUGUUGAGGUAGUGGAUGGAAAUCUACCAAAGUCUUCCACAUGCUAUCAAACCCUGAAGCUUCCUAGUCAUUACAGGGACUAUGCUGCCUUUGAAAGAGAUUUUCUAGCUGCUAUUUGCAGCAGAGAUUACGGAUUUGGACUGGUCUAAG